GCAACAUGGAGUUCUAAAUGACGUCACAAAGCCCGGCCGUCACUCGCGUUUCUUGAUUGGCCGCGGUAACGAACAGACGCGAGUUUUCGCGGGAAUCCUCUCUGUCAUUGGACAACCUGGGCACGUAGGGGCGGAACAUUAUCAAUUAUUGCAGGUGGUUUGGGUUGUGUGGCUUCUUGAACAAAUAAACCCAGGUUCGUUAAGAUAAUGGCAUCUGGAUACAAAAGACCAAGCUUGGGUAGCUCCCACCGAAGGAGACCUAGUGGGUUGAAACAUGAGCUUUCUGAAGAUCAGAAGCAGGAGAUCAGAGAAGCUUUUGAUUUGUUCGAUACUGAGGGGUCUGGCAGCAUUGAUAUCAAAGAACUAAAGGUUGCAAUGCGUGCUCUUGGGUUUGAGCCAAAGAAAGAAGAAAUUAGAAAGAUGAUAGCAGACAUUGGAAAAGAUGGAAGCAACACUAUAGAAUUUGAAGACUUUUUAGCAAUGAUGACCACAAAAAUGAAUGAAAAAGAUUGUAAAGAAGAAAUUCUGAAAGCCUUCCGACUGUUUGAUGAUGAUGGCACAGGCAAGAUUUCCUUUAAAAACCUAAAGCGAGUUUCCAAGGAACUUGGAGAAAAUUUAACAGAUGAAGAACUGCAGGAAAUGAUAGACGAAGCUGAUCGUGAUGGAGAUGGAGAAAUAAAUGAGGAAGAAUUCUUAAGAAUCAUGAAGAAGACCAAUCUAUAUUAAUGGCUCUCUACCUUUAAAAAUGACUUGCAAAUUACAAAUAGUUCAACUUGUUUUAUAAAGUGUAGAAAAGGAUUCUAGGUUGGGAGGGGAUUUUUUUUUUUUUAAUAUUAAAAACUCAAUUGCAGAAUUUAAUUCCAAAAAACGUUAGAAUGAUAGAACAGUUGCUACCAUUGUGGUGAAUUAAUGGUUCGUGCAUGCUGGAAAGUUUGUUAGGCCUAAGAAAAUAGGCCUAUUAUUUCCCUGAAUUUGAAGGGGAUAGUGACAGCAAAACUGCUCUGAGAACAAAGUUAUACCAUAAUAUACAUACAUUGGACCAUAUUUGGCGCUUAGAGCAAAUUUGUAUUUAACUAUAUCUGGCCAUGAAAAGUUUAGAUAAUCACUAAUCCAGUACUUUUUCUGCUCUGUUGCUAUAAGCAUCAAAGUCAGAAGUCUAAUUCUUUGAGAAAGGAUAAAUGAGGUGAAUUUAAGGAACAUUAGGUGGAUGGGAUUUGUGUGUGUGUGUGUGUGUGUGUGUGUGUGUGCCUUUGAGUCUGCGUUGACUCCUGGUGAAUGCCUGGACA